AGGCCUAGGUCCCAUUGUUUUUUGCUUCAUCUUGUUAGUUCUUCAUAACGAUUUCUUGGGACAGGGAUAGCAAUGCGGAAACCUAUGUAUAAAGAUUGAAUAUUCCCACUUUCGGCAUAGGUCCAAACCUACGACCUCAAGAAAAUGGAAACGCCUUUUCUCGCCAAUCGUCCAGAGCCGGACGAGGCCCAAGCAUCUCGUUCAACCUUGUCCUCCACAUUAUCGCUGCAGUGCAUCUCUUGUGACAAACUGCUCAUCUGGCGUGGCGGAGGCAGUAACCGUUUCGCAUGGAAGGCUUUUUGCAGCGUGUGUCUGGUCCUAGAAUUGGGCUUUUACAUCUAUGUCGUCACAAUCGAACGCCCGUUCCUGAUCGUUUUUGCGCUGUUUUCGCUUGUCAAGUUCUUGAUCGAAACCUGGGGCCAAGACACACCCACUUGGAUCUGUCCCGGUGGGAUCGGAAUGUUUUUCGUCAUUUACUGCCUAAUCCUUCCUGGUAUCAUCUACUACGACGGCGUCUGCACCCAAAAUCCCGAUAUGGACGCUCUUUUUCCGACUCCACUCGUCCGAUCUCUUGUCGGAACGUUGCUUUUUUUCGGGGGUAGUGGAUUUUCGUUGUUUUACGAAGUGAGUCGAUUCAAAUGGAAGAAAGAUCCGGCAAAUAAGGGUAAAUUGCAUCAAAUCGGGUUGGCGAGUUAUUGCAUCCAUCCGAAUUAUCUCGGCGAUUUGUUCACCUACACAGGCUGGGGAAUAGCUGCCGGUACGAGCUGCGCAUUGUCCGCACCGGUGUAUAUGUUAUGCUUGAACGAAAACCAGAACGAUCGAUAAAAAAAAUGAGAAUUUUUAUGUCCAUCUCCAUGUCGAAGUCGAUCGAUAUCGAAGUCGCGACAUCGCAGGAGAAUCCUGAUCAUAUGAACGUCUUGCAUUUUCGUACGUCGUCAUGUGUCAUCUUCACCUGCCGAUUACUUAUAUAAUAGAACAAUCGACUUCGAGUUCCCAAACCGCAUCCUCUCUAAUCCCCAUCUGGAGUUUCGGAGUUUUUGUUUGCCCCAAUUCUGACGCCUAUCUUGCACAGCGCUACGCCUCUGAGUGGGAUGUUUAUAGCCAAAAGACAGCGACGCUGAUUCCUGGCUUUCGAUCAACUUCGUUAAGGCUACCGCUGAAGCAUCCUCAGCGUCAUCCCUGGCACUUGAAAAGCGGACCAAGAUUGCCCCCAAGGAUGCUAUCGCUGUAGCUCUAAGAUUGGGUAUGAAAGUACUCGCAUGGAUCUGCUUCGGCUUGGGAACGUAUUUAGCUGGCAGUUGUGCGGGACAGUGUGGAUAGUCGCACUCGCGCUGCACCGGAACGAAAAAUAGAAAAAUGCGAUUAGUGCUGACCAUAAAAGUUAGAUGAAUACUAGCAGUGUUGAGUGGUACAGUGUUGAGUCGUGGUAGUAGAUUCACUUGCAGUUAUUUAGGUGGUAAGUGAAAUUAUCUAUCGUUCCAGAUUAAGUAGAUACGAUUGAUGCUAAUGAUACGACGUUGUGGUCUCUUUAAUGAUGCGGGCCUGUCUAUCGGUAUUAUCACCUUGUUUCCCUGUGUUGCUGAGACAGACAAAGACAAAGACCAAGAGUAUGUGAUGCGUGCCUCUUUAAACACUUCUUUUUCUACGGACUUCGCCUUCUAGUAUCAUCGUGGAAGAAGGAUCAAAAUAGAGAUAUACUCCCAGAAAUACUGUCAGAGCACGUCUCUACGGUCACCAUGAACGGUGAUAACAGGGACAACAGCACGCGUGAGAUAUACUCCCACCUGCUUCUCCCUCGCCCAAUUGAUGUGCUCUGACUGCUCUCGCCCAAUUGGAAUUGAUGUGCUCUGCGCACAUGAUGCGGGAAGACCACCAACAAC